AUGUCGCGCUCCAGCCAGGCGAAGCGCGAGCUUCAUUUCGUGACGGUUUCGUCCGGUAGAUCAGCCUCUAGUCCGGAUGCAAAGCAACGGAAGUCACUGCGUUCUUUCGUGAUGCAAGACUAUCUCCGACAGAAGAAUGAUCCUGAGUGGCAUUUCGCUCCGGCAAAGGUAGACGCCCACAUCAGCUCACACAUCUAUCGAUUUCGCACCUCCAGGCCGGCGUCGUCGACCGUAAGCAGAAAAAGGCCGACCAAAGGAAGACGAGUGCAGGACAACACUGCUCCCCCUAGAAAGCCGAGAAAACUGCUCCCUGCGGAUUCUCAGACCACAGAGGUUGCAGCUUCUGAGAUUCCAGACGAGAGUCAGAGUCCUCGAUCACGUUCACACCUCCAUGAUCUCGACAUGCUCGACCCUUUUCAUACGCUAUCCGUCGAUUUUUCUGACUCCAAGACGGUCGACUUACUUCAAUACUAUCAUAGUUCGUUCUGGGCCAACUCUUAUGCUUGCAAUCCUGAAGGGCGGUGGAUUUCAAUCGCACUAAUGGAUCCGGCAAUCAUACAUGCCACGCUCUGUCUGGUGGCCAUUCACAGGAGGGAUAUUUUUUCCAUCAGUUUAUCUCACGACUACUUCAAGCAUCGAGGCAUUGCUAUGAAGAUCAUCAGUGGACGGUUGAACAAUUCAGCUCAAGCCAUAAGCGAUGCCACCAUCGGUGCUGUAGCCAUCAUUUCAAGCUCAGACCAUCACUUUGAAUGGCCGGAUGAUGUGCAAGAGGCGCACGCCGUCGGCUUGGCUGAACUGGUAGCGUUACGGGGUGGUAUGGAGAAACUCACCUCGAACAGACAUGUUCAGCGAGUUGCUGGUUGGGCAGACCUACUCCAAUCUGCCAUGCAUGGUACGAAGCUGCAAAUGAAACUGCCAUCAAGUCUGAGCAAAGCUUCGUCAACGGACAUCAAUAUCGAACCUGGCAAGGUAGUUAAACAACAUGCUUCUGGUGUCAUGCUGUCUGAAAUGCACCCUCGUACUGCCUACAUCCUGAGUGCGCUUCGGCGUCUUGCGGACUUGAAGUCAAGUCUAUUGGAGAAACGCAGUAUCGACCUCUGUCAAUCGUUCAGCGACUUACUCUGGAAGCUUGAACAUUUUAUUCUGGAGAAGCAGGAUCAGACUGGCCUUCAAGAUUCUGCAAAAUCGUCUCACGUCCACGUCGGGGAGGAGAUCACCGAUUCUGUUGGGCUUGCCGCACUUAUCAUGUCGUACUCGCACUUGCGAGAUCUGGCGGCGCCGGUACUCUACGACAAACUCAGUACACGAUUAAGAAGCACGCUAUCUGCAGCUACGUCACAGACAUAUGCGCGAGGACUCCUUGUCGACAACGAGCUUGCCGUGCUGCUGUGGGUAUUGAACAUGGGACUGCGAGGUUCGAAGACCAAUCUUGGGAACAGACUCUGGUUUGCCGGAAAGAUGGCAGCAGUAUGCUCGAAUAAUGGAGUUCUUUCACUGCCCGAUUUGAAGGAAAGGAUCCAGAGUGUGGUGCCACAAGCACAGGGGGCGCUGGACAUUACUGAGCCAAACUGGAAAAUGGUGGACAAUCUGAUAUGGCUGGAGAACGAGGAGAUAUAG